GGUCCCGGAGCCUCCUCUCCUCCUCUCAGCAGGACUCCACCACAGCAGAGCGGACUCAGAGCCGGGAUGAGGAGCGGGUUUUCUGCAGCUCUUUGUGCUACCUUGUUGCUCCACUUUGAAAUGAAACCUUCGGACCGAGAUUACCGGAUAAAAAACAAACUUUACUCUGAAGAAACUGAAGUGUUUCUCCGGGGAUGAGUGAGCGCGGACUCUGCAGACAGAUGGGAGGCUGUAGAAAGUGAAUUUGGAGUCUGAGGCACUUUCAUUGGACUCGCUCGGUCGUCUCUUUGUGCUGCUGGCUGCAGCUUUCUCCUCCGUGGAAGAAAGGUGAGACUUUCCUGAAGAAGUUACCGGUGAAAAAAAGUGCAGAUAUCAACAGAUCCUGUGCGUAAAACAUCGUGAUUUUGAUGUGAUAUUACAAAACACUUUUUAAUAUCUCUGUUUGUUCGCGCUUUAGCCGCCUGUCAGGACUGAUGAACAUUAUCGAUCACUGAUUCACCAACGAUGAAUUUCACCACCAGUGUGAACUAUCACGCUGAGUUGACUAAUCUUUUCCUCAUAGAACACCAAUCUUUCCUCGCGUGCUUUUUCAUCCAUUUUACGCACAGUGUGCCAAACGCAAAUCUUUUUUAAAGCUUUCUUCCGCCUCACCCUCACAUGUGAGUGGAGUUGACGGUGUCUGUUCCUCGCAGCUCCAUCCUGGGUGUGUUCGGCUUUGUCUCCAGGUCUGACUCCGCGUUUCCUCCGGACUACAGAGUCCUGGUCGCGGCUGCUGCCCCCUUUACCUCCUCUCUUUCCUGGUUAUUUUUAACUUUGCACCUGCUGAGGGGGGUCUGUGUUUGUUAUUGAGGCCCUGAGGCACGCUCGUGCUCAUGCUCUUAGGGGGUUCAGUUUUGGGGCAGCGGCAGCCACGCCUCGCUGGCCCACCGCCACCCUGAGGCCUGGAGGCCCCCAGGAGCCAGAACUCCACCUAAACCGAGAUUUUAGCCCUUUAAUGCUUUUUGUAUCAUAUUUGAAACAUUAUUAACAAAUUACUAAAAAACACUUUAAUACAGUCUGAUAAAUGAUAAAAAUGGCCUCUUGUGGUUUAUUAGUUUCCAAAAACAUCUAAUGUAUCAAACAAGAUUAAAAAAUAAUAAUAUAUUUGUUAAAUUUUAGGGACAUUUUGAUCGUUUUCAGCUCCAAAAAUAUUUGGAUUUUCUGGCCAUAGUUUCAGGCAUUAAAGGGUUAAAAUUGGAAUUACACUAUCAGACAAGCGUGUUUUUACUUUUUAAUCAAAUGUUUUAACAAAGGUGAAGCAGGUUAACAAUUUUAAAUGUGAAAUUUCUCCUAAAAUACAAAAGCAAAUAAGAGUUCUCUUUCUUCUGACACCCAAAUAGUUUUUACAUCUGCAAAAUCAUCAGUAAAAUAUUGAUAUUAUCCACCGUGAUGGUAGUAUUUGUUGUUUCCACUCUGCACGUGGAACCUCUCACAGCCCAGUGUUUUAUCGAUCAGUGGGUGAUUGAUUACAGUGGGAGAGGCUCAUGUGGAGUCGAUGGGAUUGACCGUCUCAGACUGAACAUGAGGGACACAGACAUGACUCUCUUUAUGUUUACACCAUGAUAGUUUUAAAUCUGGUAACUUUGUUUUUCUUUUAGCUAUUUGAUGGAAAACUCUCUUCAGUGAUUUGCUCAUUGCAUGGGUCAGUCCAUCUCUCUGUUUUAGGUUUAGAUUUUCUUUAAGUGUUGCAGAAAUCCAACAAAGUGUGCUGUACACCCUCUGCAUACAAGUUUUUGUUUUUCUGACACGGUAAAAAUGUAACCACAAUAAUCCGUCCAAGGUGGAAAUCUGGUUUGCAAACUCAUGCUGCUAAAGGAUGUGGGUCAGAUUUAUCUUUGUAAAAUAUGUCAUGUUUAUAAUGAACAUGCAGAAUGGAUUUAAAGCACCAAAAAACAUUCCCGAUCAGAAAUAAAACAUAACUGGUAACAAGUAAUGAUACCGACCAUGUUUUCAUGAAAAAAUGAACAGUUUCAGUCUUUUUUAUUCUUAAAUAUCGGAGGAUGCAAAAUUUUGUGUUGAAAUAAUUAUCUUGAUUUUGAACUACCCGACCGUGUUUAUAUCUGUUGUAGAAUAUUGAUUUUGCUAUGCUUGCUAAACAGAGAUAACGCUGACCCGACCCUGUUUCCAAAAACUAUCACCUCAAAUUUUUUUUAAGUAAAAGAUUUUAAGGGAUGUAAACAAUUUGAUUUUGAAUGACCAGUCCAAUGAAAUGUUGAAUUUUCAUCCAUGUUUGCAAAUUAGUGAUGAUGCUUACCCAGCUCAAGGAAGAACAUCUAUGAUCAUUACAUUAUUAUUUCCUUUAAAUAAUAAUCACCAUAUUAAUCAUUUUACACUGCAGACACGGUAGUUCUUCUGCCUAAGCGUCUCGGUCUGAUUGCAUUUCCAUGAAGAAAUUAUCAUAAAUGUUCUUCCUUGAGCUGUGACACCCCGCAGCAGUCGGUAAUGGACUGGCCCGAGGUCUCGCUACAAACAAACGGCUGCUGGAAGAGAGUAGGUUAGUUGUGUUAAAGUUAAAAAGAUGUUUGGUGGUUAGUGCUGUGGCUGGGACCCUACAUGUACUGUUGAUGAAGUUAGGUGCUGUUCUGAGCAUUAUUUGUGGCUAUAGAGUGGUGUUUUGGUUGAGGUUUGUUUAUGGCUCCUCAGACCGCUCUGUAUUGGGGACCGCUCUCGAUGGGGUGUCUAACUCAGUGUUACGGUGUGUUUGACCCUAAAUUAAUUUUACGUCAGAAUAUCCAUUCAACUCUGGACUUAUUUCAAGGACAACAUAAAAACAUCUUUUGGAUCCAUCACUGAUGUUGAAAGAGUUGAUUCCCACUUUCAGCUUGUGAAUGACUCUUCAAAUCUGAGCUCGCUGCAGGCAGCAAAGACCCCAAGAUAAUUUCAUUUUAUCACAGGAGAAUCUAGGCUGUCAGGUCAGUGGGAUUUCCAUUUUUAACUGGGAACCAUCCUGUCUGGUACAGUGAGCGUUGUGACCCUGUUUUAAAAACGUAAUGAGGAAGUUUUAAAUGUUUUAUAUUGUCACCACAGGAGAUGGUGCUGUGCCUCCUCCUUCAUGGUUGGGUGCAUUUUUUUUUUGCCUGGAAUUAAACCCUGAGUUUAUUUCUCCUCUACUCCCUUUGAGUCUCUCAGGGCCUGCAGCAGAGCAUCUCCACUUCAGCAGGAUUUCAUCUAAAAACACGACUUUGAAUCUAGAUGAUGUUGUUCCUCCUGCGAAGCGUCCCAGCUGAGGAGUCCGUCAUGUGUGCAUCACAUGAGAGACAUUUCUGUAAACUGUUGGAGAUGGACACAGGAGGUCACGGUCCAAAUUGACAGCCUGAGGAGCUUCAUUAUUACAUUAGGAGUCUGUUUGUUCUUUUGUCGGUUUAGAAAGUACCCGGUGAAGAAAACAAACUCGGAAUGGAAAAUGAAAAAAGAUGACACUGUUUAAUAAACAACACCCUGUUCAGAUGACUCCUUUUUCAGCCUCCUCGAACCUCAAACCAGAGGAAAACACUUAAAGCAGCUUAUUUUUUCUGAGCUGGGUUGUUAUUUCUGAGAGAAGGACACUCGCUCGGCUCUAAAUAAAACACUUAGAUGGAAGGAUUCAGUCGACCAUGACCCUCCUGAUACUUCAGAUCCAGUUUUUAUGGGUUUUGGUGACCUCGAUUUAGGAACAUGUGCGUCCUCUCCACAUCUGUGAGACUCAGAAGGCGAUGAAAUGAUGAUAUGUUGAAUAAAACGACAUUUAUUUUAUCAUGCUGUCCGUCCUGAAGCCUGGUGAAUGAUUAGUGUCACAGUUUGUGUGCCGGGGGUGUGUAAGGGGGUAUAGAUGGAUGGCCUGGUUGCUGUGACAACAACCCCCUUUCUGUCUUUUCUCACCCCUAGCCUCCCAUUCAUCCCCCAUUGUAGUAGUUUGAGCUCUGUUGCCCCGGGAGACCACAGGGGACAGUUGAGGAAUGUGUCGUCUGAGCAAGUAUGUAUCGCACAUGGACCCAAAACAAAACACUGAAAAAAAACAAUAACUUUCUGCAUCAGUUAAAAUAAUAAAUGAGUCGGUUUGGGGAUUUCGACUUUGAACCAUUCAUGUUUGAAACUGGAGUAUUUUGAGCCGCUCUGAUGUUCUGCCUCCACUACCCGUGCGUGCCGUGCACACCGGAGACUUGCAGCCCAGAAUAGAAGUUGGCGUAAUUGCCCUUUAUUGGUUUAGAGCACUUUCAGGUCCAAAUCACUUGAGUUGGCUCAUAAAAACUCCCUCAAAGUAGAAGAAAGGGUCCAACUACGUCCUGUGUGACUGAAAGCACACACAGACGCUUUCACACACCGCAGAGUGCCAACAGAGCAACAAUACUGUCUCUCUUCCCGUCGCUGUUUCUUGGUUUGUCUCCCUCUGCGGUGCUUUCACUUCUGUCUGAUAUGACAAAUGAUCCUCCCCUCUACUCUCACACUGUCCUCGUCUUUUCCAAGACUCACUACUCCUGUCGUUUAUCUUCGUCUCUUUCCUCCGCUCUUUUCCCAGGCCUCCAAAAUAGAUUCCCUCAGGAGUAAAGUGGACUUGCUGCGCCUCCCUCUGUCCCUCUCCUCCAAGUCCAUCAGUGAUCGGAAGAGUCAGCUGGGCGUGGUGUGGGAGAAAGGAGGCGGCUUGGGGGCAGCAGGGGCUCAGAAACCCCGCCCACCACCAGCCUCAGACAUGGACAACGAGUCGACGUAUUCGGGCUACUCUUACAAGUCGUCCCACUCCCGAAGUUCCCGCAAACAUAGGUAGGACUUUUUAUAAUUAAGGAUUACUGACAGGGCUUUAACUAAUGGUUGACUAACGGGGGAAAAACUGUCCGAUUGCUGAGUAACAGUUUAAUUAACGUAAACAAAGGUAUUUGUUCGUACACAUUGAGGUGUACAGCUACUCUGACAAAGUAGUCGGUAGUCAAAGCAGUCUUUCCCCUCACUCUUGUUAUAGACACAGAGAAUUGAAGCUCCUAUGAGGACUUUUUUAAUAUUAAUGAAAUAGAUUAUAUUUUGGAUCAAUGCCUUUUCAUGAUAUCCUCAAGCAAACAAGAUCAUCAGCGACAAAAUUGGCGAUACACUAGUUUUAACUUUUAGAGCAUAAAAAUGGUGCGAGAGCAGCUAAAAAAAACAGCCCGUCUUUUUAAGCGCUUCUUUGUUGUUGUUUUUUUUGUUUUGUUUUGUUUUAACCCUAAACGCUGUUGACGUAAUGGGCCGUGUGGGGCCCUACGCUCUGAGCGUACCAAGCGUUAUGGGUGCGCCGGUACUGGUUACGAUCAGUUACAAUUGGUGGAUACGGUCCUUUGGUAGCUAUUCCGAAUGCGGAGGAAAUUGGGGGUCAGACUGAAUAAAACAAGCCUCCAUGUCCAUAAAUGGUUGACUCACUCUUUCUGAUUUCAUCAUUUCCUUUCCUUCAGGGAGAGGAGGGACAGGCAGCGCUCCAAGAACCGUGACAUCACCUUGCGCGGAGACAAAUCGGUGUCGAUCCAGACUCCAGGAGAGCCGCUCCUGGAUGCAGAAUCCACGAGAGGGGAUGACAGGGUAAGAGGAGACAAAUCUGAUUAAACCUCUCUUAGACCUUCAUUUACAGUUCUUACACGUGUCCUCCUCCUCUCUCUUUUUUAGGAUGACACCACAGUGGUCACCGGCACUUCUGUUGACAGCAUCUCAAAUGAAGACCUGACACGGAUCUCAAAGGAUCUUGAGGACUCUUCUCCGUUGGACUGCCGCCGUUACCUCGGCCCAGUGUUGGGCGCCGUCUUGGGGCUCUUUGCUCUGCUCACCCCACUCGCCUUCCUGGCCAUCCCGCAGCUCUUGUGGCGGGACACACUGGAACCCUGCGGUACACCAUGUGAAGGCCUUUACAUCUCUUUAGCCUUCAAGCUCCUCAUCCUCCUCAUCUCCACCUGGGCGCUGUUUCUCCGCCCGCCCAGAGCCACUCUGCCACGCUUCUUCAUCUUCCGCUGUCUGCUGCUGUCGUUAGUCUUCCUCUUUGUGGCGUCUUACUGGCUCUUCUAUGGAGUGCGGGUGCUGGAUUCCAAGGAGACAGACUAUAGGGGGAUUGUGGGAUACGCAGCAUCCCUUGUGGACGCCCUGCUGUUUAUUCAGUACCUGGCUUUGGUUCUGCUGGAGGUCCGACACCUGCAGCCUGUGUUCUGUCUGAAGGUGGUGAGGACGACAGAUGGAGUGAGCCGCUUCUACAACGUGGGAUGUCUCAGGUUAGUGAUCUGAAAAUCAGUAAUAUAUCUCACUUUUUUCUUAUCUUUGUCAUCAUUAAAGUUUUUAAUUUUGGAUUUUGUUGCUCUUAUAAAGAUUCCUCUUCUAAAAGACUUUAAGUCUGUUUAAUUUUGCUGUUGAAAUAGACUUGUAAUGGGUGAUAAUGGGUGUCUGUAGCUUUUGGGACCAGCCUCUUGUGGACACUUGAGGAACUGCAGUUUUUCCAUCGGCUGCAUUUGCACACCGGGGUUUUUUUUUUUCUUUUGAAGUCCACAGAGAUUGAUUGAUGGACUCUUGUGGUGUUAAGAUAAAAUAAUCAACUCUAUAGUUAUAGUAUGGUAUGUUAAAAAAUGUCAUUGUAUAGUAUGUUAGAAAAAAAGUCAUAGAAAAGUAUGAUAAAAAAUGUCAUAGUAAAUUAUGUUAAUAAAUUAUGUAAAUUAUGUUAAUAAAUAUAGUAUAGUAUGAUAAAAAAUUGUUAGUUUGUAUUGUUAGUCAUUGUAUAGUUUGAUAAAAAAAAAAUGUCUGUAUAUUAUGAUAAAAAAUGUCAUAGUAUAGAAUGAUAAAAAAUGUCAUAGUAUGGUAUGACAAAAAAUGUCAUAGUAAAUUAUGUUAAAAAAAUGUCAUAAUGAAGUAUGAUAAAAAAUAUAGUAUAGUAUUAUAAAAAUUUUCAUAGUAUAGUAUGUUAAAAAAUGUCAUGAUGAAGUAUGAUAAAAAAAUAUCAUUGUAUAGUAUGAUAAAAAAUUUCAAAGUAUAGUAUGUUAAAAAUAUCAUAGUAUAGUAUGAUCAAAAAUGUCAUAGUGUAGUCUCGUAAAAACAGGUCUUGACCGCACCAUGACUGCACUUUAGCUGUUUCACAAGACAUCGGGCUCUGUCAGCCAAGCUGUGGUUGGCCACUUCCGCCAUCUGGUGAUAAAUCUGCCAAUUACUACAGCCUGAUACUCACUGAUAGCAGCUCUGUGUUUUUAAUAUUUGUGAAUUUGUUUCUGUUCCCCUUUCUUGGUGCUACCCAGUAUUCAGAGAGCAGCAGUGUGGGUUCUGGACCAGUACUACUGUGACUUCCCGGUCUACAACCCUGCCCUGCUUAAUCUGCCCAAGUCCAUUCUCUCCAAGAAGAUGUCUGCCUUCAAGAUCUACAAUCUGGGGGAAGGUAGAGUGAUCUGUCUUGCAUAAUUAUCUCUUUCUUCUUGACAUACAGUCAGGGUGUAUUUUUCUCACAUUUCCUGUAGAUUGCCUUCCAGAUUGCUUUUUCUGUCCACAGAAAACAGCACCAACAACUCCACAGGUCAGUCCAGGUCCAUGAUCGCCGCUGCUGCCCGGAGAAGAGACAACACCCACAACGAGUUCUACUACGAGGAGGCAGAGAUGGAGCGGAGGAUCCGAAAACGGAGGGCCAGGUAGGAGCAAACCCGCACAGAAACAUGUCCAUAUUAAUCCGUCUAUGUUUCCGUUUCACUCAUUCCUCCACUUCUCCUCCCAGACUGGUGGUGGCAGUAGAGGAAGCCUUCACCCACAUUAGGCGUCACCAAGAGGAAGAGACGAUUGUGUCUUCACCCAAACACCCGCGCGAACUGAUGGACCCGAGGGAGGCGGCCCAGGCCAUCUUUGCCCCCAUGGCGCGCGCCAUGCAGAAGUACCUCCGCGCCACCAGGCAGCAGUGCUACCACAGCAUGGAGAGCAUCAUCAACCACCUGCAGUUCUGCAUCUCGCACAACAUGACGCCCAAGGUUAGGAGAGCAGUUCCUGUGGCACUCAUCGAAUUUCUUUCAUACUUAAGAGUUAAUUUUUGGUUGAUAUACAGUCGCCUCUUUGUAUUUUUACCUCUGCCAAGGAGGUUAUGUUUUCGGUAGCGUUGGUUUGUUUGUUUGUUUGUUUGUCUCAGCCCCAGGAGGAUCCCGUUAAAUUUUGGUGGUGAUCCGGACAAAAUUCUGGAUACUGUGAUCCAGAACCGACAAAAAUAAGGGUGUCGUUGAUAUUUUCAAUGCUGAAAGAUAAGCAAUGGGCGGCACAGUGGUGUAGGUAGGUGGUACAGUGGUGUAGUGGUUAGCACUGCCGCCUCACAAUCAGAAGGUCCUGGGUUCGAAUCGCGGUCAGGGCAUUUCUUGUUUUAGGAACAUUAUGAACAGUGAACAUACCAGUUUAAACACAAAUAAAGUUAAUAAAAGACACGUAACAGUAAAAGUUUUGGUGUGAAUCACAAUAUAAGGGGGGCAUGAGCUGCUUGGCGGAGGUCUGCGCUCUCCGAGUGCUUUUCUAGUUUAUUUUGAAUCUAUGUUGAAUCAGCUGAAAACGGUUUAUCAUCUGCAUAUAGAGAGAUUUUUUGUCUUGUUUUGUAUUAUUUUGCAUUUUUAUCCCUCUCAAUCAUCCAGACAGCGUUUCUUUUUGCCACUGUUAGCCAGUGUUGUGUUUGUGUUCCUCCAGGCAUUCCUCGAGCGUUACCUCAGCCCAGGUCCCACACUCCAGUACUUGGACACCAACAGGGGGCGCCAGUGGACGCUAGUGAGCGAGGAGCCUGUGACAGCACCUCUCCGCCAGGGCCAAGUGUUUUCCCUCAGGCGCCUGGACUUCUCCCUGGUUGUCACGGUGACGCCUCUUCCCUUCCUGCGCCUCGGCGAGGAGUUCAUAGACCCCAAAAGCCACAAAUUUGUCAUGAAGCUUCAGUCGGAAACGUCAGUGUAGGCGUGGAUAGCUGUCAGAGGAAAGGAAGGGUGGGGUGGCAUAAUCGAGAUAGAGUGUGUCUUUUUCUACUACACAGCUCUUCAUAUUUCUCUGGUUGACACCGCUGAAUCAUCAUGUUGCUGACAGACAACACGUCUGACAAGCUGAAGUUCCUCUUGAGUUUUGCUGAACAAACAUCAACCAGCUGUUGACUCCUGCUAACCUCUCUUCACCACCACACUACAGGGAAAAAAAAAGCUCUUUUUAACACUGUUAACACGAAUCCCAUCAUUUAACCUAGCUACUUUUCUUACUAGUUUAAAUGAAGUGAAAGCCAACACAAAGGUUGCUGUAGUAUCUAACAAGUUGAGGUCUGUGUGGGUGUGCAGGGAGGCUGUACUGUUGACCUAUUUAAUGCCUCACACUUGUGAGUCUUACUUCUCUUUUCCAGUUAAGCUGAAAUUUACGUUGUAGGCGACAAAUGGGAAGAAUCUCAAAUGAAAAAGUCAACAAAAGCAUGCCGCUACCCUGUGGAUUCUCCCUGAAGCAAAAAGAGAAUAACUACUUCUGCUUCAACACAACACCUGGAAAUUUUUCAGUCAAAUAAAAGCAUGAAGACACUCUGGAUGGACACUAACUUUUAACUGAGGUUAUGUUUAUUUUUUCAUUACUUUGGUUCCAGGAGCAGAAGUGGUGAACACUACAGACCUGACAGCAAGUGUACCUUUAACACAACACGGGCGCAUUACCAGUUUUGGUUUCUGACUCUGAACAUGAGCUUCACUUUGGACUUGGGACCACCUAUAAGCCUGGUUUAUAUUUCUCUGUUGAGCACUACAUACUUGUGUGUAAAAGCACCCACAUUGCACUGCACUACUGAAACGUUCCUUUCACUUCUGUAAACUCCUGAUCUCCGAUAUGCCUGGGAAACUCCUUCCCUCUGUAAUAUUUCGGUUUGUACUUCAAAUAUUGUAAAAAUUUAAACUUCUGCUGUAGAUUUUGGCGACACUGUAUGAUAAAGUGACCAGAUUUCUGUAAUGAAAUCCAGGAACAUCCAAAUUCCUGGGCUGCGUGAUCAAAGACAACAUUUUGAUACUACUUAGCGCCAGCACACACCCCCAUAAUAACCCCCCGUAAAAUCUUGUUCAGGACUGCGCGCAACAUGCUUACUUGUGCUUCCUACCUACACAGCUACAGUAAUAACUGUCGUUCUAGUCUACACGCAACUUUUUUGUUCUCAUUCAUGAAACGCUAACAUCAGGGACAUAACCUGGAACAGCUUUAGCCGGGGACAGGUCAUCCAAUUUGGGGACUGUCCCCGGAAAUCGGGUAUGUCUGAUCACCUCACUGUAUGACAUUAUGCUAGCUUAACUAGCAGGCCGCCAACUAUCUUAGGCCACUUUUCGACGGAAACGGUCUCCAUAGAAAACAGAAAAGUGCCGUUUCGUUUUCAGUUUUUAUGCUGUGUCUACACAAAAACGCAAUGUGGUUGAAAACGUUGUAAUGUGCAUGCCAGGUCGCUAGGUGGUGCGUGUCGGUGUGACCGUGCUCCCAUAUAGACCAACAACGCAUAUGUAAAACAACUUCCGUUCUACUUCCGUUCCCCUCUGCUGACCAAUUGGCACAUUAAUUAUUUGAUGCAAAUAAUUCAGACGCCUCCUCUGCUGAGCAGUGUGAUCCGUGAGGAUUCUAUACAGGUCGAAAUCGAGCUCCUGUCCGUUCAGUAAUAACGACAGUGCGACUCUAAUGUCUAGCAUGGUUGUUGUUGUUAUUUUCAAGGAAGUUGCGCAUGGCUAUGAUGUCAUAAGCGUGAGCCAGGACGUCACAGAUUUGACUGUUUUCAGCGUUUUUGUACUUUCGACAAAAGCAGGACUAGCAGAGCGUUUACAACAUUUCCACUCUGGAGGGGGUUUUCACUUUGUUACGUUUUCAUCUCCUGAAAAUGCAGUUGCUGUCUAAACGGACCCCCCUAAACGAAACUACAUUUUUCCGUUUUCUAUGGAGACCGUUUCCGUCUUAAAGUGGCCUUAGAGGCUUUUUCCUUAACUCAGUUUCUCAUGUCGGUUGCAGAGAGGGUUUGUUAAUCUGACUAGUGCUAUUUUGUUGUUGUCAUGGGUCGAGCGUGAAGCUUCCUUUUCCAGCAGGACCUGGCACCUGCCCACAGCGCCAAAACGAUCACAAACUACAACCAGUUAAAUGAAGUAGUAAUGAAUUCUCAAGUGUAUAUAUGACUGAUUAAACCAAAAUUAUUGCAAAGAAAUGACAAAACGCUAAAGAGAUGGAACGUACAGCUAUUAAAUCAGAGUAAGGAGAAGAUAGGGGGCAGAGGCAAGAGUGGAAACGUCAGAUACCGUCAUAAAGGUCUGUUUUUUCAUAAGAAUGGAGCUACGUGAGCCUAAACCAGGCUGUUAGAAAGAUCUACUGAGCUUUUGAUGAAAUACUUUCACCUCCACUUAAAUUUGUGUUGAUCAUACAGGUAUAUGUGCUUCAGAUAAAGACUUGGGUCCCUCUUUAAACCCUGUACAUUUUGAUGCAGCUUUUUAAGGUUUACACUACGCUCCUAACACUUCCUCUUUAUAGAUAUAUCAUCACACUUCUUUUGUAUUCAGCUGAGUUCAAGGUCCCCUUUUUUUGUACUAAAUGAUCUCAUCAGAUGUUUUGUCUUGUGUGAGUCACAAGAUGUCUCGAGUUUUUGUGUGUGGGAAGAAGUGAAGAAGCAAAGAAGCUGGUGUGAAGUUUCUUGUAACUUUGAAGACUUUAAACCCGCCUAUGUAUUUCAUCAUGACAAAUUCACCAUUCAUCGCGGUCAAACAAUAUAACACCUCCUACGCAAUGUGCUUGGGAGAAAUUUUACUGAAAAACUGAUCAUGAACCUAAAGGUUUUUUAGUCUUGGAUUAAAAUAAAAGUGAAACAUAUGAAAGAAAAUGUUUCUGAAUGAGAUUGAAAAAAUUCUGUCUUAACCUUUUUCUGGAAGUAAAAGCAUAAUUCAUCAUCCUGAAA